CGGUCGGGCCGAGGCGGGACGUGCUGGUGAUGAUGAUGCUGCCCUUCCUCAGUGGUGGUGCACAUGUCGUCGGGUGCACAUCCUUCUGCGCCUACUUCAUCACUACCACCACCAUCAUCAUCUCAAUCAUCAGCAGUCGGAGAUCACAAGUUGACCGACUGCUGAUUGGAAAGAAUUUCUAUGUGGCCCCAGAGUGGAAGAGAGAGCACCAGAGAAUAUUGGUGAACUAGCGCUUUUGCCUGCAGCCGUCCUUCGUGUGCCCUCCAGGUAGCGCCGCCAUGUCUCGCUUCUCCUCACCCGCCCCGGCCCUCCUCCUCUUCGCCCUCCUCUUCCUCUCCUCCGUGCCACCCUGCCGAUCCGAGUCCCAACGUGGGUCGGCGGUCUCGACCUCCGUGCUGCCCUCCUCCCUGCCUUCCGCCGGGCCAUAUGGAAAUAGCAGCGUCCCAGCCAAGGGCAAGUGCGAUGACGUGACGGUGUGCAAGCCGGGCAUCCUGUUGCCCGUCUGGAGACCCAACCAGCCCGGCAUCGGGGACCAGAUCGCCCGGGCGGUGGUCUACUUUGUGUCUCUCAUGUACAUGUUCCUGGGGGUGUCCAUCAUCGCUGACCGCUUCAUGGCAUCCAUCGAGGUCAUUACAUCACAGGAGAAGGAGGUGACCAUCACCAUGCCAAACGGGGAAACAUCAGUGGCAACAGUUCGAAUCUGGAACGAAACGGUGUCGAAUUUGACGCUAAUGGCUCUGGGCUCCAGUGCACCAGAGAUCCUGCUGUCAGUCAUAGAGGUGUGCGGUCACGAAUUCAAGGCCGGCGAAUUGGGACCGGGCACCAUCGUGGGCAGUGCUGCCUUCAAUAUGUUUGUGAUUAUUGCCAUUUGCGUGUGGGUCAUCCCACAGGGCCAAGUGCGCAAGAUCAAACACUUGCGGGUUUUCUUCAUUACCGCUUUCUGGAGCAUCUUUGCUUACAUCUGGCUCUACCUCAUCCUGUCCGUCAUGUCGCCCGGUGUGGUCGAGGUAUGGGAGGCCUUGGUGACCCUACUGUACUUCCCAGUGUGCGUCAUUCUGGCCUGGAUCGCCGAUCGCCGUCUUCUCUUCUACAAAUACAUGGGCAAGCGUUACCGUGCCGACAAACGUCACGGCAUCGUCGUGGAGAUGGAGGGAGACCUGACGCCCAAUAAGGGCGUUAUGGAGAUGAUUGGCGACAGCAAGUUGCAGCCAUGCGGAGGAUCUGUAGUCCCUGCCGAGAACCACGGCGUAGAUGGUUCAGCUGGCAAUAAUGUGGGCGCGGCUACAGCUGGGUCCUUGUCCACCGGCGUUGGAGGUACCCUGCCCAACUCCAACAGCGCUUUGGUCAAUAUGGAGACCAGUCGGGAGCUGGAUGAGAGCCGCAAGGAGGUCAUUCGCAUCUUGAAGGAGUUGAAGCAGAAAUAUCCAGACAAAGAGCUGGAUCAGCUGAUGGAGCUAGCUAACUACUACGCCUUGCUGCACCAGCAGAAGAGCAGAGCCUUCUACCGCAUACAGGCCACACGCAUGAUGAUCGGAGCCGGUAACGUCCUGAAGAAACACGCUGCGGACCACGCUCGCCGCGCUGUGGUCACCGACGAGGAGGCGCCAGAAGAUGACGACCUGGGCGAGUGCAGCCGCAUCUCUUUUGAAAGCGCUCACAGCCAGUGCAUGGAGAACUGCGGCAUCCUCACGUUGGCUGUUGUAUGCCAAGGGGGCCUGGGAGAAAACACCUUCUACGUGGACUACAGGACUGAAGACGGUUCAGCCAACGCCGGCUCUGAUUACGAGUACAGCGAAGGAACGCUGGUGUUCAAACCGGGAGAGACUCGUAAGGAAAUCAAGGUUGGCAUUAUCGACGACGACAUCUUCGAGGAGGACGAGCACUUCUUUGUGCGGCUGCUCAACCUGCGGGUUGGCGACGCAGAGGGGAUGUUCGAAAGCGACGAGGCGGGCGCCGCGCCCAAAGGCCGACUGGUGGAGCCCCUGGUGGCCACGGUGACCAUUCUAGAUGACGACCACGCCGGCAUCUUCACCUUCAGCGAGCGUAUGGUGCGCAUCAGCGAGAGCGUGGGCACCAUGGAGGUGACGGUGGUGCGCAACUCGGGUGCCCGCGGCACUGUCAUCCUGCCAUACCACACCGAGGCGGGCACCGCCAAGCCGGGGGAGGACUUUGAGGACGCGCAGGGCGAACUGGAGUUCACCAACGACCAGACAACUCAGACACUCCAGGUGAGGAUAAUCGAUGACGAAGAAUACGAGAAGCAUGAAAACUUCUUUAUCGUCUUGGAGGAGCCACGCUGGCUGAAAAGAGGCAUUUCAGCUCUUCUACUCAGCCAAGAAGGGUCAGAGGGCCAACUGAGCGCUGAGGAGGAGGAGGCCCGAAGGAUUGCCGAGAUGGGCAAGCCCAUCCUGGGGGAGCACAGCCGUCUGGAGGUGGUCAUCGAGGAGUCCUAUGAGUUCAAGAGCACUGUGGACAAGCUCAUCAAGAAGACCAACUUGGCGCUGGUCAUUGGUACACACUCCUGGAGGGAACAGUUUGUGGAGGCUGUCACUGUGAGCGCAGGUGACGAUGACGAGGAAGAGGGUCGCGAGGAGCGCCUGCCCUCCUGCUACGACUACGUCAUGCACUUCCUCACCGUCUUCUGGAAGGUCUUGUUCGCCUGCGUUCCACCUACCGAGUACUGGAACGGCUGGGCCUGCUUCAUGGUCUCCAUCAGCGCCAUCGGCCUGCUUACUGCCAUUAUCGGGGACCUGGCGUCGCACUUUGGCUGCACGGUGGGACUGCGAGACUCUGUGACCGCCGUUGUUUUUGUGGCCCUGGGAACGUCCAUUCCUGACACGUUUGCCAGCAAAGUGGCCGCCGUCCAGGACCAGCACGCAGACGCCUCGGUGGGCAACGUGACAGGCAGCAACGCCGUCAACGUCUUCCUCGGGAUCGGCGUGGCCUGGUCGGUAGCCGCCAUCUACUGGAAGAGCAAGGGCAAAGAGUUCCUAGUAAAGCCGGGUUCUCUGGCCUUCUCCGUCACGCUUUUCACUAUCUUUGCGUUCAUCUGCAUGGGUGUGCUACUAUUCCGGCGCCGGCCCUCCAUUGGAGGUGAGCUGGGAGGGUCUCGACUGUCUCGUAUCCUCACUAGCCUGCUCUUUCUGGGCUUGUGGUUCCUUUACAUCCUCUUUUCCUCCCUGGAGGCUUACUGCCACAUACCGGGCUUCUAAACAGGAGACACAUGCAGGACACAUUUUGACACACUGCAGGUCUAAAGCAGGGGUUCUCAAACUUCUUGGGUCCAUUUUUCCAAGGAGCCCUUUAUAAUCCUAAUGAUACUUAGAGAUAAUUACCAAGAGUACGCCUGAAUCCCCAAAAAAUUCAGGAAUUGUAAUGACAUCAAAACAAAGUCAUAUUUUGUUGGGAUGAACAGCUGUAACGCUACAUAAACAAAGUUCUCUCCAACACCGACUUUUAAUAUUAUGGUGAUACAUCAUAAUCAUAUCAAGGCUUUUAAUUGACCCAAAGGAAAAUGUUUAUGUUGUGCAGAUAUAUACACACGCAUUUUUUAAAAAUAAUGCGACAUAAUAAUUUAUUGCAAACUAUUUUGCCCCCUCUUUAGCAAUAGCUUUGGGAUUCAGGGACCCCGGUUUGAGAACCUCUGGUCUAGAGGGCUAUUACAUGCACACACACAAACACAAAUACACGUGACAUGUAUGCUUGUAUAAAGUGACAGAAAGUAUCAGAGGGCAAAAACAAGUGUUUGAAUGGUGAGAAGAGCUAGCGUGAAUGUAGCAUGGAUGAUAAGGAAGCUCAUAUGGACAAAGAAGAUCCAUCGGCAGAAGCGAAAAAGAGUGGAAUGUUUACAAUGACUUUGCUUGUUAAGAGUUUACACGGCUAAUGGACGGAACAGAAGGAAGGCGCUUGUAAAUAGAACCACGCUCAUCCAGAGCGAGAUGAAAACACCCCGCCAAGUGGACUCCACGGGAGGAAUCAAAGUACUUUGCUGUUAUCCUGCACGGUUGCCACAGUAACUGAAUCUAUCCAGAAACAUGGAUGAAGGGGAUUUUUUUUUUUUUAGCAUGUGUAGCCACAUGUGGCAACAUCAGCUCAUAUGAGGAAUUUCGAACUGUACUGUAAAAAGCCAUACUUGCAUUUGUGUGUUUACAGCCGCCUCCCCUGAGAAUUCUAGACAAGUGUUUUGUGAAAAACUUGGGGAAACACUGAUCUAGACUCAAUUAGAGCAGCAUAAACCCCAGUGUGCUCUUUUCUCGAGCAGGUAAUGCAUGGGUGGUUCAUUUAACAUAUAAAGCCAGGGGAAUUUUAUGUGCUGAAGACUCAUUAAUGGGAUUUCUGUCCGCACAAAGCUUGGUGACGCCACCCAUACAAUGCCUUAAAAACAACGACAGUCUAUGAGACCAGUUUUGAUUGCUUUCUCAGAUCAAUCUGCACUCGGGAUGAAUAAAUUUGCUGAGCUAAGGUAGCAUGUAUGUAAGUGGUCUUAAGGGACUGUAAAAGUCCCCUAGGCAGCAUCUGCUGCAUUGCUAUUUUCGUGUUUAAAUCUAAUCUCAUAUUAAGUGGUAGUAUUAGUUUUACUAUGAGUUGCUGGAUUCAGGUAACACAGCACGCUGAGGCAGAUAUUUGUGGCGCAGUAUUGCACAGGAGGGUGACAACAUCAAUUUAGCAUAACCCGAACGCCCCCUGACUAAAUUCUACCCCCCCCCAGGCCCUAACUAUAGCCUAACCCCAAACCAAACACAAACACUGAAGUCCCAGGCCUUGUCCUGCACGGGUUUCCUCCUCUACCGUAGAUACUGUAAAAAUAUAGACCACUAAGGGGUGCAAUUUACAUAAUGUACAUACAUAGCCAUUCAUAGUGUCCAGGUGUGCUGCUUUCCACACUGCAAACAAGCUUCCGCGUGCAAAGACUUCGAGAUAUGAGCCUAGAUUAGAAGCAACACAAAUGCAGCACAAUCCUCUGGAGAAUUUGUUUACUGUAAAAAUCUGCUCGGUGACGCCGACGCAUAACAGUCGCAGCACCGGCAAUAACAACAAGUGCAAUCUGUGAGAUGAAAACCACUCAUUUUGCCUGAAUGAAGCAAAUUUUGUAACCUUUCUAGAGCUAAUUUUGUAUAUUUUUCUUUCAGCUACAUUGAGGUUGUUAAUUUUGUACUUCUGGACCAUGUUCAGAGUGGUCUCAGUGUGCACAAACACACCACAGUAGUUUACAUGACCACGUUACUGACAAUAGAGAUUUUGAUACAAGUCUCAAGUGUAGAAUAUCAAAAGUGAGUGUAUCAAAAUAGAGCGAGCUAACCACGUGUGCUGACUGCCGCUUUGCAUUGAAGAUAGAUAUUUAUUUAUUUUUAUUUAUUUAUUUACGAAGAUGAUGACCUUGUGCCCACAGGUACAUGGUUUCCAAUAUGUGCAAUACAGGAAAUAUGUUUGUGGCUGUGUUCGGAAUUACUCACUCAUUCCUCUCUCCCACAUCACCAUAAAGGGAUUUUUAUAAGCUGCAGUGGUUCACGCUUCAGUCAAAUCAAAAAUUGUUUAGUUAAUUACAAUGUAGCAGAUCGUCAGCUGAUGGCCUUUCCGUAAUACAAAGUGAACACAAAUAUAUAUAUAAUAAAUAUGACAUCAUUGUUUUCAACUCUGUGUAUUUUACAUAACAAAUAUGUUGUGGAAUAUAUUUGUGAUAACUCACACUGCACCUACUAAACAGACAAACGGGAAAUUCACUACAUAAGGGCACCACAUGGAGGAUAGAGAAUGAUUUCCAACACAGCCUUUUCUUAUUAGCUUCUUUCGACAUGAGGUCAUCUCCAUCUUGUGCCAGUGUUCUUGUCACUCCUCAUCCCGCUCCCUUUUGUGGCGGAGUUUUGAGUGUACGUAUGUAGCAUGUUUACAUGAAGGAACAAUGCAGAACGUGCAAAGAAUACAACUGACACCGCUGGGGCAGGACCGUCUUGCAAUGUCCAGCCAAUGUUCUCCAUUGCCAGAACCUUUACUGUUUGGAUUUCGGCCUUUGCUGUUCUCUAGUUAGACGUGAUACCCUCUUUCCUCUUCCCGAUGUGUGUGUGGUGUGUGCGUGUUCUCGCCAUGUUCCUCGCCAGUUGCAUGACGAAACUUUGUGUUUUACUGUAUGUGUUUCUAGCAGCAUGUGAAGGACGUCUAUGGGCGUAUUUUAUAGGACCAGUUUCCCUACGCCCGCUAUUCCACUUUGGGUGAAUUCAAGUAGCAAGCGACGUGAACAUCAGUCUACUAAGUAGUUGCCUUGGAGGGACUGUUAAAAUAAAGCCUGCUCUGUUAUUUUUAAGGCGACUUUUCUAAGCCAUGUCGCAGGUCUUUGUUGAUGUACAAUAACUGUCGUGUUUGUGUUCCCUAUCCGAUGUCUUGUUCUGUGUCUGUGUGUGAACAUUUCUGCCUGAAGGUUUCCAGAUAAAAAAAAAAGAUGUGAUUGACAUUAGCAUUUAUUCACAGCUGUGAUAAAUCAUUAACUCAGAAUAAUAUAUUUAAGUUUUAUAUCAAAUGCAAAUGUCUAAAAAAUAUUUAAAUUUAAAAAAGAUGCUUGUUUUUCAGAACAUGGCAUGACGUGUAAUGUGUUACUGAAAGAAAACAAAAGUUCUUUAUUCAACGGAAGUUGUUCUUAUUUGAAUAUAUUUUGUUUAUUUUCAAGGCA